AUGUUGUUUUUGUUUCAAUGUGUUGAUAAAACUACUUCUAUAACAAUUCCCACUUUCUUUGGUAAACAAAGAGUAUUAGCACAAGUUGAUAGGCAGAUCAAGUGCACCCAUAAAGAGAGAAAAGCUCUCCUUGAUUUCAAAGUUGGCCUUCUUCAAGACCCCUCUCAUCAUGAAGAUUGUAUCUCUGCAUGGGGAACUAAAAUUGAAGAUGUCGAUGAUGAUUGUUGUAAAUGGAAGGGAGUCAAGUGCGACAAUCAGACCGGUCAUGUCACCGAGCUUUACUUGAAAUUUUGUUAUCUUAGAGGUGAGAUUAGCCCUUCAUUGAUGAACUUAACCUAUUUGACUCUUGUUGACCUUAGAUGGAAUUCUUUUAGUGGAACCAUUCCCAACUCCAUUGGUUCAUUGACCCGAUUAAGAGAACUUUACCUUUCUGGUAAUUCUUUAAAUGGAAUCGUUCCCGGGUCGAUUGGUUACUUGACCGAAUUAAGGCAUCUUUCCUUUUCUUAUAAUUCUUUCAAUGGAACCAUUCCUAACUCGAUUGGUGCAUUGACCCAAUUACGACAUCUUGACCUUUCCUACAAUUCAUUUAGUGGAACUAUUCUCAAGUCCAUUUCUUCCUUGAUUGAAUUAACUCAUCUUGACCUUUCCUUCAACUCUUUUAAUGAUACCAUUCCCGAGUCCAUUUGUUCUUUAAAAAAAUUUCAGUAUCUUAACCUUUACUCAAAUUCUUUUAGUGGAAACAUCCCUAAAUGCAUUGGUUUUUUGACGGAAUUAAGAGAACUUUACCUUUCUCAUAAUUCUCUUAACGGAACCAUUCCUUUAGAAUUUGAAAACCUUGUAAAUUUGAAAAGACUCUAUCUAAACGAUCUUGGAAGAUGUUCUGUUGAAAGUAUAAGUUGGUUGUCUCGUCUGUCUCAUUUAGAGGAACUUUUUAUGAAUGGGAUUCCAUUAGCCAAAGGAGACUAUUGGGUGAAUGUAAUUUUAAGUCUCCAAAACCUUACAAUGUUACAUUUAGAUAGAUGUGGCCUCUCACAAGUCAUGCAUCCAUACUCUUCAUCAUCAUCUCAUGUUAACUCGUCAUCUUCUUCAUCAUCUAAUAUUAUUGAUAUUUCUCUCAGUAACAACAAUCUCAACUCAUCCAUGUAUCAUUGGUUGUAUGCAUUAACUAGAAGCAAUAGACUUCAGAUUCUUUCGCUCGAUGGAAACAAGUUAGAUGAAUUUCCCAAUUAUCUUGGAAAUUUAUGUCAUUUGACUUAUCUAUUUUUCAACAACAACUCUGCAAUUAUCUCAUUUUCUGAUUUUCUGAAGACGUUGUCUUCUGGAUGCACAUCACAUACAUUAGUAUACUUGGAGGGUUCAAGUAGCCAAUUUACAGGGUCAAUAUCCAAUGACAUCGAAAACUUCUCAUCACUACAAGAAUUGUACCUUUCUCAUAAUCGGUUAGAUGGAACUAUAAGUGACAAAAUUUGGGAACUGCCCAUGCUUUAUGAACUAAGCAUCUCUUCCAAUUCUUUUAAAGGUUCUAUCUUUGAAAAGAUUGGGAAGUCAAAGAUUAUGUACAUAGAUAUGUCAUCCAACGACUUUAGUGGUAAAGCACUAGAUUUAUCAACCUUUCAUGCUUCAAGAGAAUUAGAUUUGAGUGCAAAUAACUUCUCUGGUCCAGUAACGAAUGUUUCUUCCACUUUAAAUCUAUUAAAUCUGUCCAAAAACAAAUUCUAUGGAGGAAUCUCCUUUUUGUGCCAAAUUGUUGAUGGGUCUUUAAAGUUUCUUGAUCUCUCGUAUAACUCAUUUUCCGGACAAAUUCCAGACUGUUUGUGGUUUUUGAAAAAUCUUGAACAUUUAAAUCUAGCAAACAACAAUCUGUGUGGAAGGUUUCCCGCAUCGUUUGAGUAUUUGAUUCAACUUGAUGUGUUGAAUUUAUACAACAACAGCUUCACUGGGGAGUUGCCUUUAUCAUUGAGGAAUUGCACCAAGUUAGCCUUUUUGGAUUUGGGGUCCAACAAAUUUUCCGGUAACAUGCCUGUCUGGAUUGGUGAAAACUUAUUAGGAUUGUAUGUUCUUAGCCUUGGUUCCAAUAACUUUUUUGGAGCAAUUCCUUUACAGUUAUGUCAACUUAUAAAUCUUCAAAUCCUUGAUUUGUCAAUGAACAAUCUCAAUGGGACCAUCCCCUCAUGUGUCGACAAUCUUACUUCCAUGGUUCAACAAGAAUCCUUAUCGGCACAUAACCUACAUCAAUAUUUGAUAUCUACGACUAGUGUAUCAUAUACAUUAUUUGAAUCUCGUGAUUAUACUGACAAUGCGAUUGUCCAGUGGCAAGGGAUUAGGCGUGAAUUCACCAACAAUCUCGGGUUGUUGAAAAGUUUUGAUCUAUCAAGCAACAAUCUAACAGGAAAAAUCCCUAAUGAAUUAACCGGUCUUUAUGGAUUGCUUGCACUCAACUUGUCCAGGAACGCUUUACAUGGAGAGAUUCCACAUAAAAUUGGUCAAGUGAAAGAUCUUUUAACGUUGGAUUUAUCAAGAAACCAACUUUCAGGGAAGGUUCCAUUGAGCAUAUCAGAGAUGUCUUCAUUAAGUUAUCUAGAAGUGUCGUAUAAUAACUUGUCCGGAAGAAUUCCAUCCGGCUCUCAGCUCCAGACCUUCAAUGCUACAAGCUACACUGGAAAUGCGGGAUUGUGUGGAUUUCCCUUGUCCAAAUAUUGUCACGGAGAUCAAGAAUUACAAGGUGAAAGAGAAGGUGGUGAUGGUGAUGGUGAAAACGAUGAACUUGACACAUGGUAUUUUAUUGGUGCGGUGAUUGGUUUUACUGUCGGAUUUUGGAUAGUGUGCAUCACUUUACUUGUCAUCAGCCGUGGAAGACAUACAUUCUUUCACUAUAUGGAUACCUUGGAAGAUUGGGUUAAAGUGAAGUUGUUCAAAGCAAAAUUAAACAAACAUGAAUAGUUGUUAAUUCUAUUUCAUAUUUCUUUUUAAUACUAAUGUUGUUUACAAUUA